GGGAGGAGUGUGCGCGGCGCAGUUAUCAUCGCAGACUUCCCCAUCACUCACAGUCCCAGCGGUUCCGCAGGAAGACAGCUGUUAAUAACCUAACAAGCAUGUCUGGAACAUUAUAAGGUCAUUAGUCUACUAACCCCCAUAUGGAUUUACGCACUUCUUUUCUGAGAUUCAAACGCUGACGGCGCUUUCCGCUUUUUUCUUUCUCGUCCUCUCUCAUUCAUCCCGUCGGUGAUGUGUGGCGAAGACAUUCGCAAAAUAAUGGGCAUAUUCGGUUUAUGAACUCUCCGUGUGAUGGACAGGCGACUAUUGAGCUGGAGUGAGUAGAAAGUAAGCCCAUUUGAAACAAACAUCUGUCUUCAGGACUCCUGGUACGUUUUGAAGCAAGGAGAAUGCCCUCGCUUUCAUAAACGGAGGACGCGAACAGUGAUUGAGGAAGCGAGUGAAGACAGUGGAGGACAAAGAAGGAGACAUGGCCAGCUCACAGGGAAGAGAGUGAACAGAGAACACAGGACAGAAAGAUGAAGCUGUGGGGGCGGUCAGUGUGGCCAUUGCAGGUUGUACUCUUGGUCACCUUGGUAAUGUGCUCGUGCCAGUUGGUUUCUGCAGGUACACGGAGUCUGCGGGGACACACAGCUUCGUACCAGGUGAAACAGGGAACCUGUGAGGUGGUGGCCAUCCACCGGUGCUGCAAUAAGAACAAGAUAGAGGAACGUUCACAGACCGUAAAGUGCUCCUGUUUCCCUGGUCAGGUGGCCGGUACGACACGUGCACAGCCUUCUUGUGUGGAGGCUUCCAUCGUGCUGCAGAAGUGGUGGUGCCAAAUGCACCCAUGUUUGGAUGGCGAAGAGUGUAAAGUUCUUCCAGACCUGACUGGUUGGUCCUGCAGCACCGGUAACAAAGUCAAAACCACCAAGGUCACACGAUAGCAAGAACAUGGCUGCCCUACCAAGAGGCCCAGGACUCCUUACCAAGCCCUACUGGAAAAGGAGACCCUCUUGUUUAAGACACUGACAUUACAGAGGAUUCUGUAGAUGUGAAAGAUGGACAAACUCAUUGUAGACUAUAGGUGGCCACCUUGCUUUGACAGAAGACAUGAGGAUGGACAAGGAUCUCUGUAUAAACCCGACUGAAGAUGCUGGACACACAGGUGCUCAUGUGAGAGACUGCAUCUGUCAGCCGAAAGUGACUUUUUGGAUUUCCACCGGCUUUCUUGUGCGUAUGCGUGUGCAUGUGUGAGACAGAUUAUAGUACGUGGGACUUGUAGGACAAACUGUGGACAGUUCAGACCUGUCUUGGAACUUGUGUGUCUGUAAGUGUGUGUUAGUCAGGUUGAUGAUGAUGAGACAGUAGUUUAACACUGUUUAUCCGCUUCCAAGCACACGGCAAACUUUAUAUUCAUGAGUAGGGUGGGGAUUGCUUUGAAUGUGUGAUUCUCAAGUUAUCAUCAAUUUGCUCUUCUGGGUCAAGUCAUUACCCUGAAAAUAUUUCCUUUAAGUCAUUUUGCACUUCUAAUUAGAGUUGCUGAAUAGCAUCAUAACGAAUAAAAAAUUCAUGGGUGAUUUUUUUUUUUUUUUGCAGUAGAUAAGAUCAUAUGGAGACGUUCUCUGUUUUCUAGUCUUUUACUAUCAGUGUAAGAUGGAAUUCACGAGAGAAACAUUUAUUAAGCUUCCUUCCACAAAUGCAAAGUAGAAAUGCAAGUGAUGUAGUCAUCAGUAAAACAAUGGUAAACCGCAGUAAAAUACAGCUCCUCUUUGCUGUAAAAUAUUACGUAACGUGAGCUUUACAGAUGCAAUCCCCUUCAAAAGACUUUUAAAACUGACAGCUGGAAAAAAACAUCUAUGUUACUCUGUAAAAAGAUCCACUUAAAGGUGCACUAAGUAUUUUUACUAGAUUUAAAAUCUGCAUAAAUUAAUAAUGCUAAAUAAAUGCUGGUUACUUAAAAAGUAAAAGCUGUUUUAUUCUACAAAUGGCACAAUGGACCAUGAUGCUCGCCAAAUACAACUCAUUGGCAACCCAUAUUACCAGAGGGGAGUAAGGGGUUGCCAAAUCUGCAUAAAAAUGAAACAAAAAUUUUUGCAGUACAUCCACGCCACGAGUUGGCAGUAUAAAGCUCCAGCGGUCUACCAGUGAAACAUAACCAGAAAGUUACUUAGUGCACUUUUACACAAGGAUAUACAGUAUCUUGUUUUUAACUUUGUUUUCUGGUUUAACUGUGAAGCUCUCAAAAGUACUCUGUGAAGUUCUGAAAACAGGCUAGCAAUGUGCUGACUGAGAUAAUGAACUUGUUUAAAGAUAAGCUCCGAUGUGAAGAGGCAUAACUCGUGCCCAAUACUGCAACGUAAUAAAGUUUGAAAUAGAAUCAGCUCCACCAUUCAU